AGCACUCGGGCGAUUCCGCUAGUGGGUCGGGUGUGUCCGUGUGCGCCGCUCGCUGGCCGAAGGGAGGAGGAAAGGAAAGGAGGGAGGGGGCCGUGCGCGCGCUCUCGCUCACGCGCGCCACCAGUCCUCAGGUUCAGGCUGAGGCGAGCUGAGUGAGCGAGCGGGCGGGCGCCAUUUUGUGUGGUGCAGCAAAGCGGGCGCCUCGGAAGCAGCCGCGAGGCCCGCCCUGUACAACAGUGACUGUGCCCCGUCCGUCUCUCUCCUCCUCCUCGCCGCAAGCACCACCACCAAGCGACGCUCGCUCCCGCCCUCUCCCCUUUCGCACCGUGUUCCUACCCCUCCAGGCCUAGGCCCCGUCCAUGGCGGUGGAAAGCCCGAGCGUGCCCCCGCCCAGCAGCCCCCCGCACUCUAGCCCCCCGUCCCCUUCUCCGGCCACCGCCGCUGCCGCCUCCUCCUCCUCCCUUCACAGCCACCAACACCACCAGGGCAGCAGCCCGGGCCACGGCGGCGCCCGGCCGCUCCAACAACAACACCACCACCUCCUCCACGGGCCCGGCCCGGACGAAAGGGAGGAUGGGGAGCUGGAAGAAGGGGAAUUGGAAGAUGAUGGUGGUGAGGAGCCAAACGAGGCUUCAGAGUCACAUGAAAAGAAUCGGAAGGAAAAAACAGAGAAGCAUCACAGUGACUCAGAUGAAGAAAAGACUCACCGGAGAAAAAGGAAACGCCGGAAAGAGCGAGAGAAGGAGAAACGAAGAUCAAAAAAGAAACGGAAAUCCAAGCACAAGCGCCAUGCUUCCUCCAGUGAUGACUUCUCAGACUAUAGUGAUGACUCUGACUUCAGCCCAAGUGAAAAAGUCCACCGGAAGUAUAGAGAGUACAGUCCUGUCUACCCUCCGCCCCACCAGCCAUACUCAUCGUCUCACAGUGCCCCUAAAAAGGGGUACUCUAAAAUGGAGAGCAAGAACUACCCCAUGUAUGAUGAUUAUGAAAAUGAAGGGUAUUGUGACUAUGAAGGUGAUGAUGAUGACCUGGGAAAAGAAGAGUAUGAUGAUUUUGCAAAGGAACUGAACCAGUACCGAAGGGCUAAGGAAGGGUCUCAUAGAAGUCGAGGUGGUCGUGGUCGAGGCCGAGGUUACCGUGGACGUGGAAGAGGAGGAAUGAGAGGCCGAGGCAUGGGCAGGGGCAGCCGUGGUAGGGGAAGAGGAGACCACCCUGAUGACGAUGAAGAGGAAAUGUUUGAAGAGGACAUGGAGUACUGUGAAGGAGACGAACCCAUGGGUGAGGAAGACUAUGAUGACUAUUCCAAAGAACUGAACCAGUAUCGCAGAAGCAAGGAAGGCCGGGGUAGAGGUAUGGGUCGUGGCCGAGGUCGUUCAAGGGGGCGAGGAGGCAAAGGGAUGGGCCGUGGAAGAGGCCAUCGUGGCAGAAGCAUGGGCAAAGGAAUGAAUGAUGACGAUGAUUACUACGAUGAAGACAUGGGGGAUGGUGGUGGGAGUUACAGGCGGAACGACCAUGAUAAAUCUCACCAAUCAGAUAAGAAAGGAAAAGUGAUCUGCAAAUAUUUUGUGGAGGGAAGAUGUACCUGGGGGGAACACUGCAAUUUUAGCCAUGAUAUUGAGCUACCAAAGAAGCGGGAAUUGUGCAAGUUUUACAUUACCGGUUACUGUGCCAGAGCUGAGAAUUGUCCGUACAUGCAUGGGGACUUCCCUUGUAAGCUGUUCCAUACGACUGGAAACUGCAUAAAUGGUGAUGACUGUAUGUUUUCCCAUGACCCGCUUACAGAUGAGACACGAGAGCUGCUGGAUAAGAUGUUGGCAGAUGAUGCUGAAGCAGGAGCAGAAGAUGAAAAGGAAGUAGAAGAGCUCAAGAAACAAGGCAUCAACCCUUUACCCAAACCACCUCCUGGAGUAGGACUUCUUCCCACUCCUCCUCGACCACCAGGACCACCAGCUCCAACAUCUCCCAAUGGCCGGCCAAUGCCCGGAGGCCCACCUGCUCCUCCACCCCCGCCGCCACCUGUUCCGCCCCCAGGGCCUCCACAGAUGCCGCCUCCAACCCAUGAGCCGCUGUCACCUCAGCAGCUACAGCAGCAGCAGGACAUGUUUAAGAAGAUCCCCUCGUUGUUUGAGAUUGUUGUGAGGCCCACAGGGCAGUUGGCAGAGAAACUGGGUGUGAGGCAUCCAGAUAUGUCUCCCCCGCGGUUUCCUCCAGACAUGCCUCCAGACAUGCUUCCUGACAUGCCUCCCGACGUGUGCCCAGAUGUUUGUCCUGACAUGUCAAUGGGUCCAGGGAUAAACUCUGGCCCUCCAGUGGGUCCUGGACCCCCAAUGCUGCCCUUUGGUCCUGAUGAGAUUCCUUCUGGUCCUCCUGCACCAGAUUUCUAUGACAAUUUCUACCAGCAUCCAGAAGGCAUGGAGAUGGAUACUAGCAUGAUGGGUAGCACAGGAGAGGGUUACGGGAACUAUGAGGAGAUGCAUGAAUUGCCGGGGGAGAAUAUCUUCCCUGACCCCACCCUCGAGCCUGAUUCCUUUGGUGAAGGCGGGAGUGGCUCAAGACUGCAGAAACCUCCCACCAACAUCCCCGACUUCCUGCCAUCCACUCAGAGGGCCCUGUACAUGCGUAUCCACCAUAAGCAACAGGAGGAAGAAGAAAGAGCUCGGCGGCAGACCGAUGGUUGCAAACAGGAACGGGACCAUGAAGAAGGUGAUACUGGCAAUUGGUAUUCCAGUGAUGAAGAUGAGGGCAGCAUCAGUGUCAGCUCCAUCUUGAAGACAUUGCGGCAACAAAGUUCCAACAAGCCCCACGAAGAUGCCUCUGGUAAUGCUGGUCCAGCCUCAGGCAGGAGUGACCCUCGACUCCAAAAGGCCCAGCAGCCUGGAAGUGGCCGGCCAGCCGACCCUCGUCUUCUGCGUGAUCCCAGGCUUUCACGAAACCUGGAUCCUUCAGCUCCAUCUGGGGCUGGAGACGCAGGGCCCACUGACCCAAGAUUGGCCCGACACAUUCCUCCCUCUGCCCCCAAACCAGAUCCACUGCAUUCCAGCCCCAGCUCUACUCUUCAGAAAUCUAUUCUGGAGGAAGAGGAAGGGGAAAGGGCCCUCAGGGACAAGCCAGUCACAAUCCCCUUGGAGCCACUGCCCAAUCAUACCCUCAGGGACCCGCGCUGCCAGCUACAGCAGUUCAGCCACAUCAAGAAAGAUGUGGUUCUGAUUAUGCCCAAUUUUGCCCGCAUGGUGCUAUGGAGCCCCGAGGAUCUCAUCCCGCUGCCUGUCCCUAAACAAGACUUUGUCCCUGUCCCUGCUCCUCUUCAAUCUCUGCCUGCUCUUGACCCUCGCUUAAACCGGGCUCAGAGUGCUAGCCUCUCUGAUCCCAGGCAACGCGGGGCAGCAGCAGCAGCAGCUCCAGUGGAGUCCUCAACCAGCUCCAGUCUCCCAGAUUUCGAGCUGCUCUCCAGGAUUCUGAAGACAGUCAAUGCAGCAGGUGGCAGUCCUGGCCAGAGCGACAAGCCAAGCGAUCCCCGGACACGGAAGGCCACCUCCGACCCCAGGCUCCUCAAAGCAUCUGAGCAGGCAUUGCCAGGGCCCUCAAAGCCUUCUGAAGCCAACUCCCCGGCAGCUACUCCUGUUUCUGACUCUGAAACGACACCUAGCAUAGCUCCCUAUGACCCCCGCCUGCUGACUGCUGGAGGGCUCAGCAGGGGCACUGGCCAAAGCAGUGUCCUCAGUGGGAUCAGCCUCUAUGACCCCCGGACUCCUGGCUCAGCCAGCAAGACUGCUGAUUCCCCUGGUGAGGGGGGCUCAGCUGCCAAGGGACCCGAUAACAGCAGUAAAGGCAGCAAAGGGAAGGAGCCCUUGUUUAUGCGUCGGUCGGCCCUGGAUCAGUUGGAGGUGGAAAGGCCUAGUGCGGAACCUGCCACUGACCGCUACAACAGCUACAAUCGGCCUAGAGCCAAGGCUGUGGUGGCUUCCUCCACUGCUGGUGGCACCUCUACUACUGCAACUGCCUCAGAGACUCCCCCACAGCCUGGUGUCCACAACCUCCCUGUUCCACCCAUCUAUGGAAUGGUGAAGCAGGCCUCUAAGUCUGGGACAGGCAGCCCCUUCGCGGGGAACAGCCCUGCUCAGGAGGGUGGUGAGGUGCAGGACGCAGGCUCCUUAAAGGAUGUUUUUAAAGGCUUUGACCCAACCGCCUCCCCGUUCUGCCAGUAGUAUUAAAAGACUUGCAAAUGCAGCCUUGUGUCCAAGAGAAGCCACAGUGUUCGUAACUUUUUUUAUUCCAUUAAUGCUCCCUUCAAAAUAUCUCUUGUAUAUAUAGAUUGCUCAGCCCUUCAGCGUGUAAUCUCUUGGCUUCAUUGUAAACAUGUAAUCAGAGUAUCACAAAUAGUGCUAGCCAGCAAUGUGUGAUGCCCCAAGAGUUCCACCGUGGACAUUUUUUUGGCACUCCGCCGGAAAUCAUUCAGUGUCUUUAAAUCUUCUUUGAAAAACUGGGCCAGCUCAUCCCAUUGGUCCCUUUAGCCUUUUCUUUGCACAGAGGGCAUGUUUGAACCUCACCUGCUUCUCCUUCCCAGGUCUUACCUGUGAAGAUGAAGAAGAAGAAACUGGUGGGGGGAAAAGAAAAGACUGUUCCUUCCUGUAGUUUAAAGGGAUGAAGCUGUCAGCCAUACUGAUCUGUAGAAUAUAUGUAUCUUCAUUUCUUAUACUGUAACAAAGUAUGUGUAUCAUAGCCUUUUUUAAAAAAAAGAAAAAAGCAACAACAAAUCUAGUGCAGUGAAAAUUACCAUGGAGAAGUAACCAUGUUGAAUUAUUUUUGUAAUUGUAUUUUGUUUUAAGUACCUGUUUUUCUGCCAUUUCCUUGAAGUUACUGGAUUGUGACAAGAUCCAGUUGGGCUAGAACAGGGUGCUACACCUGGUUGGCCUCUCGGGAUGUGGGGUGGGGGUGGGAGGGAAAGAAAACUGAUGCGUUCUACCAAAACCAAGUUUGUAGUAUUCAAAUUAAAUUAUUGAUGUCCCUCAGAUUUUGCUUGUAUGUCUUCUCCACUCUUCCUCUAAAAAAGACAGAGACUACCAAUGCCCAAGUGCUUUUUGCAGAUGGUUAUGUCCAAUAAUGACAGGGAGUUCCACAGACCCUUUUAUGGUAGUGGAACGGGGCACAUCUUGUGUGUCAGUCCAGAGCAUCCGCGGUCUAGUGUGGCUUAAAAGUGGAACUGUUGUUAGUGAACAAUCCUUUUGGUAGCUGUCAUAAACUGCCUAGAGGCCAGAAAUAAGCACUAGAGACUCUCUGACUCCCCUUGAAGGAGUAUUUUAGGGGCUGCAUAUUAUGUAUUAUAACUACUCACCAAGUUGUAUGCAAAACCGGACUGUUUGGCAAGGUUGCAGCCUACCGUUGCCACCUCCAUAGCAUCUCCUCCAAAGUCCUGCAGGGUAUAUAAUUUUGGCUCUUGACUAUGGUCUUGGACCAGCCGCUUAAAAAGUGGCAUCCUAUUGUCUGAGUUGAAAGCACAACUUCGUAGCAAGAAAAUCCCUACUGCCUGUCAGUGUUGUCCUUUCCACACCUUUACUUGUGUUUUCAGGAAUCUCCAGACAAGUGGGUGCAUUCACCCAGCUCCUCUUGAGGAGAUGGUAUUGGGGGGUGGGGGGGAUAUUCUCCAAGGGUAUGAGCAGUUAUUUGAAAAAGUGUACUCUUUAUUUUAAAGAGUGGGAAAACACGGGCUGCCCCAGCUUCUUAAAACCAAGAAACUUGCCCCCCUUCUGCUCAAGGAAACUCAAUUACGUCAAUAUAGGGGGUGAAAGAAAAGAUGCCAAGUAUUGGGAAACCAUGUUCUUGAAACAAAUGCAUGUGGCAGUAGAGUUUAGCUUCUUCCUCAAGAGCUGAAACAGGCUGGCCUGCCCCAAAGAGUGGACACUAGUCUUUAUAGCUUUCAAUCUAUAGUAUUAUUUAGGGGUAGUAUGAGGUGAGUAGCUGCUUCUUGUCAGCUCUGUUAUAAGUUCAUCUGCCUUGCCUCACUAGGAAAAGGUAUGUAGAAUCUGAAAACAGCUUUCAGAAGUAUGCAUGACUUGGUGAUGAGGUCAGGGGGAUAAGAAUGAUGAUCUGGUGGAGAUGAGCACAGUUAGUGCUUCUUGAAAUUUUGACUUUAAAAACAAGAGGGCAAAAGACUUCUGUGCAUCAGGCAUAUUAAUUUAAUUUAAAUGUUGUUUCUUUCUAGCCUCUGGAGUGUUAAACCCACAGUAUAGGGCAAAAACUGUUUUAAGGACAGAAAAUAAUUACUACUACCACAAACUACAAACUGAAUUCUGUUUUCCUUCAAUGGAAACCAAAAUGGCCAGCUGCCAGUCUACAAACUGAGGUGUUUGUAGAGUUACACUGUUACAGCUCUGCAUGCACAUACAUUGAUAUCUGAGUAUUGUAGUUCUGUAACAGGGAAGAAAACUAGAACAGAAUUCCUUAAAACCUCCCAAAACUAUUGUUCCCAGGGCUCUUUGGUGAAGCUAUGACUCGUAAACUGGUGUAAGGUUUGUGAGUGUAACUUUAACUAGAGAAGUGCUUUGUGAAAUAAUUCUGUCUCGUGAGCUUGCUUAGGUAUAGAUGCUCAGUGAAACUUUUAUAAUAACUUGGGUUUUUUGUAAAAGAAAUAUAAAGUUCCCUCAGAAGCCCAUGAAUAGCAAAAACUAAAAACCUUUGCUAACUGAUGAAACCAGUCUGCCAGAGCUUUAUAAAAAUGCUAUAAAAUGUAAAUAUUGACAAGGGGUUUGUAUAUAUUGUACUGGUAUUUUUACAGUGAUUUUUUUUUGGUUGCAUGGCUCCGUUUACUUCCUUUUUUUAUCACACAUGUUGUCUUCCAACAAUGUCAUCCAGACUUAAGUCUCCUCUUAUCAUUGUACUGCUGACAUUAAAUGAUGCAGUGAUUUUAA